AGAUGAACAGGUGAAAGUAAAUAGAAAGGAAAGAGAAGGCUGAUGCAUCAUGAUUACCUUGUCUCUCAACAUCCAGACCAUACUGGCGAGUCUCAGCUUAUCUCUCAUCAUCUAUUACGUCAUCAAACGAAUACAGUAUCGUCUGCCACCAGGUCCCUGGUGCAUUCCAUUUGUUGGACAUUAUAAAAUCUAUACAUCAGUUGAAAUGCACAAGAAAGUAGCUGAACUGUCCAAGAAAUAUGGCCCAGUCUUACGCCUGUCAUAUGGAUCCAGCACUUGGGUUUUUCUAAAUAAAAACGACGUUGUUAUAGAGGCCUUAGUGAAAAAGAAGGAAGAUUUUGCUGGAAGACCUCAUUUUUCAUCCGGUAAGAAUGACGCAGCUCACCCUUUUUUUUAA